AUGGUGGUCUCUACACCUCAAUCUGAAUCUCAGUCUCAGCCUAUUUCUGCCGAAGAAGAAGCGGUUAAGAGAAACACCGAUUGCAUUUAUUUUCUGGCUUCUCCUUUAACCUGCAAAAAGGGAAAUGAGUGUGAGUAUCGCCAUAGUGACGUCGCACGGGUAAAUCCGAGGGACUGUUAUUUCUGGUUGCAUGGUAACUGUCUAAACCCAAAAUGUGGUUUUCGACAUCUGCCACUCGAUGGGCUGCUGGGAACACAAGGUCCUACGUCCAUUGGGUCCUCUGCACCCGUAUUCCAAACUGUAGUGGCCUCUGUCCCACAUGUCUCAAAUGCCUCCGCCAAACCAGGCGUGACUUGCAUAUUUUUCCAAAAAGGAUACUGUGUAAAAGGUGACUGGUGUCCGUUUCUGCACAUGCCAAAUUCUUCAAGUAACAAACCCUUGCUGGUCCCAGUUACAGCUCCUCCUGCUGACAAGAAUGUUUUAAGCGGACCACCUGAUAAGCCAGUAACUGAGCCACCUGCAAAUGUCACUAAAUCUGCCAACGAUCCUGCAGUGGCAAACUCGUCUCUCCAUAGAAAUGAAUCCGCCAUUAGCAUGAGAGCAGCCACACAAACUUCUGGUGUGACUGAUGUGGACAUGUACAGCAACUCUGCUCCUGUUUCUAAUGGACACCCACACCCACUCAACACAAACAGUAAGGACAACGAUGAUAUUUCAAGGGAACCCUCUCCCGGUUUCGACGUCCUUGUGGAUGACGAUUUGAGAAACUCCGACUACUGCCCGGGUGACGAUAGAUUUGGGCUGUCCAGAAGCCGUGAUGCCCGAAAUGAGUAUGAUACUGGGCUCUUGAAUGAAGAAAUGCAUCUGGGCCGUCCCGUUAGCUACGACUCUUAUGACCACCCAAGGCCAAGGGGGCGAUAUGGUUAUGAGCGGAGGUCGAGAGGGCAUCACGUCGAAUACGAGAGGCAUGAUGCCACUGACCGAGUUGAUGAGCUGGACCUAAGACACCGUCUGGCCAAGCAUAAGAAGAAACCUAAUGGGCUUAAGUCUGUCAUCAGCAAUGAAAAUGCUCAGCGGGAAAUUACGAUCAGCAGCCGCCUUAUAGGGAGAAUUGGUCUUCCUAAGAGGUCACCAUCUCCUAUCAACAGGCACCGUGGUAGGCUGUUUAUCCGUGGAAGGUCAGACGAAGGUUUUAACAAUGGUUCAUACGCUGCGGCUGAAGAUAGCUUCUAUUUUGCUGGCCCGAUAAGUUUUUCGGAAUUGAAAAACAGGAAGAAUGUCGAAAUCAGUAAGAAGAGCAUAACCGAUCAACAGUCGCUCAGCAAGAGAAAACGCACGCACCAGAAAAUUGAGAACGACUUGUCAUUCGAAGGGCCCAAGCCCCUGGAGGAGAUUCUCAAGCGCAAGAGGGGUGGGACGAGUAAGGAUGAGCCGAAUGGCCAGGGUCUUGAGAAGGGCGAAAUUCAACAAGAGAUAAAGGAUGUGGCUGCCAGUAAUGAGAUUUACAAAUCCACCGCGACAGCUCCGAAGGGAGAGGCCGAAGAUGUCUCUAAAGCUGAAGAAGAUGGUGCGCUUGAUGGUGUGGAUCAACAACUUCAAGAAGAGGGGUAUGAGCCGAGGGAGGGGGAGUGGGAUUACGAGCAAGCGGGGGGUGAGGAUUAUGACAUGUAUGAAGGAGAUAACAGGGACUAUGUGGAUGAGGAGGACGAUGAUGAUUUUGCAAAGAAGAUGGGAGUUGUGUGCUCUUGA